AUGUGUUCCGUGCGACUGGGUGUCGGCAUAUAUUUAACCGCAUGGCCCUGCGUGAGUUUGCGUUGGGUUUUUUUCCCUUGGAACUUCUCGCUUGGUUUAUAUGUAGUUCACCGCAGUGAAUGCGGUAGUGUCUCUGACAUAUGUGUCCGGCGUCGCUACUACGCGGACCUCUGCAAGCUUAAGGUGUUUGCUCCGCCGUGGUGGCUAUCUUCGCAUCUGCAUCAUUGA